AUGUGUCAUUUUCAGUUGAUUGUAUUAGGUUUGACUAUGAAAAUAAAUAUUUAUACCCCCCAUUUGCCAACGAUAUCCCUCUUCCUUCCUCUCAUGAACAAUACCUCAGACUUCUCUCCAUCCUCAAGUAUACCCCUCCAUAAAUAUUUUCAAGAUAUGGAGAAUUCUUAUGGCUGCCUUGGCAUUAUCUAUUCUCCACUUGCACAUCCUAUCCCUCAGGUGGCCACAGAACUCUUGAAGAUAAGAAAAACUUUUUGGGCUUCUCUCGAGCCUUGUGAUCAGGAAAUAUUAGUCCGGAUCCCAAACCUCCCAACACAUGUUGGCUAUAUUCCCUUCCCACUUAACUCAGUGCUACUAAAUUACCUUACUAGUGCUACUGGAUUUGGCCCACUUGGUGGAUUGAAAUUGACAUCAUUAUUAAAUUGUAGUAUGACUGUUGAAACCAUCCUACGGGCAGAUCCCACCCCUCCAGCUACAUUGAACUUGGCACUCACCAUUUUCCUGCCAAAAAAUAUGAUUAAUCCAGUUUACAGCUCAUUCAUUCAAUAUAGUAUGUUUCCACAAACACCACAGGAUUAUCAGCCCAGUCAGCACCUUGGCAUCCAACUCUUGAAAAUCCCACCAGACCUCAUUCCACCACCAGAAGAAAUCUCCACAAAAAUAAACUUUGACCCCCAGCUGCUGUCAAUACCAAGUGGAUGUGAUCUUCCAUAUAUUCAUCCACCAAGUACAAUAGUUAAAUCUGUUUUACUACCCCACCAAGCACAAGGACUCUCUUUUAUCUUGGACCGCGAAAGCCCAACAUCCACAUCUGCACAAUCCCUUUGGGUUCAACAAAAAAACAAUGAAUGGUAUCUCUGGAAGAACAAGAUUAAUGGUACACAACUAGGAUUCUCUAAUCCAAAUAGUUUUCCAGAGACUCCAUUAGGUUCAAUCCUUGCUGAUGAUAUGGGGUUAGGAAAAUCACUACAAGCCAUUUCCCUCAUUGCAUGCACCUUAGAUCAAGCGAAAGAAUCCUCCUUAACCACUCCCAAUUCAUCAAUACAAUUGAAUCAAUCCCAUGCCACUCUCAUCAUUUGCCCAGCACGGCUCCUCACAAACUGGUAUCAAGAAAUUCAAAAGCACACACAUGAAAAUUCCUUGAUUGUUCUUAAAUAUCAUGGAUCUCAGAGGCACUCGACUUCCAAGAUAUUGACUCCUGCAGUAAACAUCAUAAUAACCACUUAUGAAAUAGUAAGAGCUGAGUUCCAGCAAUACCAAAACACUUCACUCAGGAGUGAAUCUUCAAUUUUCUCAAGGAUAUGGUUCCGUAUCAUUCUUGAUGAGGCUCACACCAUCAGAACAACAGAUUCAAAAACUCAAUCAGCAAUUCAGUCUAUCCAGGCAAACAGAAGACUAUGUUUGACUGGGACACCACUGCAAAAUUCUUUGCAUGAUGUCAUGGCUCUCCUCAAUUUCAUUUGCUCAAACCUAAAAACACCUCAUAACAAUUGGAUGGAAGUUGUUUCACCAUACCUGAAGAAUGGGAAUGUUAAGCCAUUGCAGCUCAUUCUCAGACAUGUUAUGUUACGCAGAAUGAAGAGUGUGGCACUACCCAAUCUACCAGAGAUCAUUCAUAAAACAAUGAACACACCACUGACCCCACCCAGUCGCAAGUACUAUGAUGAACAAUUUGAAGAAUUCCAGAAAUCAUUCCAAAGAAAAAAUUGCUCAAAAAGCAAGAAAGAAGGAAAAUUCUUUUCUUAUCUUAAUACUCUCAGAGGAAUAUGUGACCACCCACUCCUAGCUGAUCCUAAUUUGGAUUUGAGUGACAAUAAAGAAUCUUUUGAAAUCAAUCAAGCCAAAUCUCAUGAAAAUUUGAUAAAAACUGACCAGAUAAUCAGGCAUGAAGUCUCUUACACAGCAUGCUACCAAAGUCAAAAGAUUGUGCAGCUUUGUAGAAUGCUUGAACAAGGGUCAAAACUGAUGGAUGAAAAUCCAAAAGUUGUUAUAUUCUCUACAUGGACACGGUUUUUAGAUCUUAUAGGAAUUGCCCUUGACAGGCAUGGCAUCAAAUUUUUAAGAUUGGAUGGUUCAAUUGAUUCUAGAUCACAAGAUAGAUGCUUGAGUGAUUUCUCUACCAGCCUGAACACAAAUGUUCUAAUUGCAUCCCUACAAACAGCUGGUGUUGGACUGAACAUUACCUGUGCAAGUAUUGCCUUCAUCAUGCUCAAGCUGUUGACCGACUUCACCGAAUUGGACAGACCAAGAAAGUUUGGGUUUUUCAUUUUGUGA